AGCUGAAUUCGGAAGCAGACUAUAUCGAAAACGAGGAAGAAAUCAUCUAGUUUUGAGAGCCUAUAUCGGGAGUGUUCUGAAUGGCAAGAUGGCCCAUGCAUCGCCUCAACCACGCUUGAUAACCCCUACUCAGAUCGUUGAAAGUCUGAAUUACGAGGAGCUCAUUCCAGCUGUGGAACGAGGUCUCGGGAACUUUUCCAAACGGAAUGAAGAAGGAGGCGGAGGAGGAGUAUAUCCACAAAGAACCAUGAUGAAAAUUGAAGAACACAAUGGUCAUGUGUUUGUAAUGCCCGUUGUCAGUUCUGUUGACAACAUCAUAGCAACUAAAAUUGUUGCCACUUACCCCUUCAAUCCCAAGAAGAAGCUAUCUUCUCACAUGGGAACGAUCAUUUUGAAUGAGGCAUCAACAGGAACACCAAGAGCUGUGAUGGAUGCUGAACACAUAACAGGAAUGAGAACAGCUGCAGCAUCAGCGGUAGCUACAAAGUAUCUCGCAAAGGAUGGCUGGCAGACAGUAGCGCUCAUAGGAGCAGGAGCCCAGGCGGAGUCUCACCUUCAUGCCUUGAAACAUAUGAAUCCAUCAAUAGAGGUUCGAGUUUGGACAAGAUCCUCUGAGAAGUGCCAGGCUUUUGCCCAGAAGUUUGAUAUAAAAUCAUGUGAAACAGCUGAAGAGGCAGUGACUGGAGCAGAUGUAGUUUGCACAUGCACAUCUUCUGAAACUCCUUUAUUGGAGUCUAGCUGGCUGAAAUCCGGUGUUCAUAUUAAUUGUGUUGGGGCCUGUGUACCGUGGGCCCAGGAGUUGGGUUCAGAGGUCAUGACAAAGGCUGUCGUUUACACCGAUAACACACCUGGGGCGUACAAGGAGUCUGGAGACAUUUUACAUUCUAAGGUGAUGGUUUUUGCAGAGAUCGGUGAGGUUGUAAAUGGGACUAAAGAUGCCAAGAGAAAUGAUCUUACUGUCUUCAAAAAUCAAGGGCUAGCUAUUGAGGAUGCUGUAGCUGCUAAACUGGUCUAUGACAAAGUCAGCGAUCUAACCAACGUAAAAUCGUCUUGAAAAGCCAGGGCUUCUAUCCAAACUUUAGCAUGAGGGGAACGCAAAAGCAUGUCGCCGUUCCAGUUACGUUAAAAUGUACACCUGGUUGUAAUCCUAUCAGACCCCCC